AUGGAUGAAGCACCUACCCAGAGCUCACGCUCUCCCGUAUCGGCGCUUGGCCACUCACAGCCUGUUUCAGCUGCCCCUCUCAUCGCCGCUGCACCUCAAAUCCCGCCAGCACCUCCCAGCGCACCUGUACUGGUUGACAUCGAGGAUUCUGACGAAGAGUCGGGUGAAGAAAACCCUUACGCGACCAUCGAAGAGGCGGCAGAGAAGCUUUGUACGCUCAUGGACAGCCUUCAGGGCGACUUCGUUGGCAAAGGCUUCCCCUUGACAGGCGCCGCUGUUGAUGAGCUUCAGGAUGCUGCUAUCGACAUCUGGCUUCAGCGAGGCUUUCUAGAUGCCGAAGACGAUGAUAUCAAGGAGGACAUGGUGAACCUUCUUAAGAGUCUGUUUCAGGUCAAGCGUCAAGCAAUCCAGUUCCGUCACAAGUUCAAGAACAGCCGGGUACUUAGAUCGGCCAGCGCAAAGGCAGCCGAAUCAUCCUCGCUCAAGUCGCUUCAAGAGCUCCAGCUUGGUCCGACUCCGCGAGGACGGAUCCAGUACACGUCUGAGCAGCUCUCACAGCUAGCUGCUGGAGCAAUGCCACGCCCCAAAGACCUGGACCAGGCGGACUACCUUCCUGCUCCAGGGAAGCGAGCCAAAAUCUCUCAAACACCGAAGAUUGACGGUCUCGCCCAGGUUCGGAAAUGGCUCGACAAUGGAAAAAGGCAUGCGCCAGCGGGUGCGCAGGUCCUCGUGUCAUCAUCGGCAGCUAGUGCCAGUUUCUCUAUUCCUGCAACCACGGCCGCGAUGCCUGCUGUCACAAUGCCUGGCCCUCUCACAGCGCUUAGUGAAACGUCUUGCGAGGCAAUGGAGCUUGACUCGCUCCCGCCUACUCCAGCGUCACGCUGGGGAGUUCCAUCUGGCCAAGGCGCCAGCGGAUACCAACAAGCAGCCAAACCCUACGCAUCCUCUAUCUCAGGUACCAACAAGAGUAGUGAGCCAGCAGCAACACGUACUGCAGUGCAGCUUAAUCCGGUCGCAAAGGGCCUGGCCAACUCGCUCUGGGCCAAUUAG